AUGCCCGGUUAUGUAACUGGAUCAAAAAAAUCAUUAUUCAUUACACUGCUGUUAUCUGCCCUCAAAGCGGGAUUUGUUUUGUUUUGUAGGCAUCUGAUCUACCAAGCAAGGCUCUUUACAGUUGCAACUAAAGAGAAGGGAGAAGUUCAAGAGCAACCCCCUACAGCUAUUCAAAGCAAGCAGACACAACAUUUUGAUUGGGCCUUGAAUAAACUGGAUGAAUCUAUCAGAAGAACUGGGCGCAUUACUAAAAACCUUCUAUUAAGAAUCUUUCAUGAUGUGUGCAGAACAGGAUACCCAAGUAGUAACCAGGCCCUACUGUUGUUGAGAACCUGUGGUUCAUUAUUGCCUGAGCAUCAUCCAGCUGAAAGAACAGAACUUGCCCAUACCAUAUGGACCCAGUUGAAAGGACUAGGUGUUGUGUAUGAUGUAAGCCAUUACAAUGCUUUGCUAAAGGUCUACCUUCAGAAUGGGCAUACAUUCUCUCCAACUGAAUUCUUAACAAAAAUGGAAGAAGCUAAUGUUCAGCCCAACCGAGUCACUUACCAGCGGCUGAUUGCUGCCUAUUGCAGCAAGGGUGAUAUUGAUGGUGCUAGCAAGAUUCUUGGUUUUAUGAAAAGCAAGGAGCUCCCAAUCACAGAAUCUGUAUUCAGCGCACUUGUGACUGGCCAUGCGAGAUCCGGGGAUAUGGAGAAUGCUGAAAAUAUCCUUUCUGUGAUGAGAGAUGCUGGCAUUGAACCUGGUCCAGACACUUACGUUGCACUAUUGAAUGCAUACGCUGAGAAAGGUGACAUGAGCAAAAUUGAAGAGAUCCUGGGCAACAUUGAAAAAACUGAUGCCUGCCUUUUGGACAAGGACUUAAUGGACAUCAUUUUUACUCUUGCCAAGGCUGGACAUCCUCAGCAUGUACAAAACAUUUUGGAGAAGAUGAGACAUGAUAGGGGAUACAUUCCAGAUGCAAUGAAUCUCUGUCUGAGUUUACUAACACACGGCUUAGAAGAUACAGCUUUUCAAGUACUGAAGACAUUCCCUUCAGGGUUGUCAGAUGCCCAGAAUGAAGGCAGCAUAGACCGUGGCAACUUCUUCUUACGGCAUUGUGCAAAUUUGAACAUGCCAGUGGAUAAACUGAAACAGUUCUGCAGUGACAUGAAAGAACACGGCAUUCACACUGCUCCCCUGCAGAUGACUCUGUUGUGUGCUUUGGAGUUAAAGAAAACCGCUUUGGCUAUUGAUCUAAUGAAGGCCAUCAAAGAAGAAGGCGAACCCGUCAGACCUCACUAUUUUUGGCCAUUGCUGGUUCACCACCAGAAAGAGAAAAAUGUUCAAGGUACAAUUGAAGUCCUCAAAGCAAUGCAUGAAAUGCAGGUAGAGCCUGAUAUAGAAACAUAUUCCAACUACGUUUUGACAAAUUUUGAUGAUAUCAGCUCUGUGCGCCAUCUGCUGCAGGAAGCAAACUGUCCUAUUGAUAGUAAAUCACUCUCUGCAGCAGAAAUCAGAUACACAGCAGCCACUGGGAGACUGGAGGAUGUUUUAGCUUUAUUGUCUUCUCCAAAUAUGCCACCCAUAGAUCACGUGCAAUUCAGAGGCAGUCUGGUCUUUGGAUUCAGAAGGUCCUUUGAUGUAAAUCUCUGGAGCAAGAUAACAGAACUCUUGUACAAGGAUGGACGUUAUUGCCAGACGCCUCCGGGACCAACUGAAGCUGUUGGCUAUUUUCUUUAUAGCUUGAUUGACAGCAUGAGUGACUCAGAGGUACAGGCCAAGGAGGAGCGGUUGAGACAAUACUUCCAUCAGCUGAAGAAGAUGAAUAUAGUCAUCCCUCCCAACAUCUUUAGAGGUAUUCGCAACCUACUGGACAGCUGCCACGUUCCUGAAUUAAUUAAGGAUGUAAUUCUCUUGACUGAUAAAGACGCAUUGUUGCCCGGAGAAUUAUCAAAAUUCCCUGCACUUCGGGUGCCUGAAUUGGAGGAGAAACUGGAACAACUGAAAGCUGAGAACCAGCCUGUUGGAGAUGUUUUGAAGCAGCUUAUAUUUGCUUUGUGUGCGGAAGAGAAUAUGCAGAAAGCCCUUGAAGUGAAAGCCAAAUACGAAGCGGACAUGUCUGUUGGUGGCUAUGCAGCCUUAAUACAUUUGUGCUGUCGACAUGAUAAUGCAGAGGAGGCAAUGAACCUUAAAGAAGAACUUACUCGUAAAGAUUCAUCUAUUGCUCUUGAUGCGGGCAAGUGUUUAGCCUUGGUGAAAGUUUUGAGCAAAUAUGGCAGAGUAGAAGAUGCUAUUAACAUUUUAAAGGAGAUGAAAGAGAAGGAUGUCCCUAUUCAAUCUAUAUCAGCCACAUCCUUUUUCCACAUUAUUAAUGGUGCCGCCAUGCGUCACGACGUUGAAGUGGUGAAUCGGCUACUCGAGACCAUUGUGUCCCUGGGUCUAGCAAAGCCUACUGGAAACCUGUGUUCUCCCCUCGUUGGUGUCCACCUUGAAAAGGAUGACAUAGAAGCAGCCAUGGAAGCUGUGUUUGACUGCUAUAGGAAGUAUGGCAGCUUUCCUAGACUUCACGAUGUCCUGAGCAGAUUAAUACAAAAAGGAAACACCGAACUGUUGCAGAAAGCAAUGGAUUUCAUAAGCCAAGAGAGAGGUGAAAUGAUGAUGCUCUAUGAUCUCUUCUUUGCCUUCCUGAAUACUGGCAAAUAUAAAGAAGCCAAGAAGAUCAUUGAGACACCUGGUUUAAGAGCUCGACCAACCAGACUGCAGUGGUUUGCAGAGAAGUGUAUUGCAAAUAAUCAGGUUGAAGCCCUGGAAAGCAUGGUAGAACUGACUCAAAAGCUUUUUGAAUGUGAUAGAGAUGAGAUGUAUUACUACCUGUUAAAAUUAUGCAAGGUAAACAACGAUUGGCAAAGGGCUGACGCUGUUUGGACUAAAAUGCAAGAAGAAAACAGUAUUCCCCGUGAAAGAACUUUGAGGCUGCUAGCAGAUAUUCUUAAGGCUAAUAAUCAGGAAGUUCCGUUUGAUGUACCUGAGACUUGGUUUGAUGGGGCUACUGAUGAGGCUGUUGAUUCUGUCAGUUCUCCCUCUUUGACGACUGCUGAACAGGCGACAGAUAAUGAAAAAGAAAUAUUCAUACUCUGCAAAAAGGGCAAACCUGAAGUGGCAUACAAAAUUUUACAAGAAGCACAAGAGCGGGGUAGUGUGCUUCCAGCCUUUGCAUACGCCUUACUUAUAAGAGCAUUGCUGAGCAAGGGUUAUCUUGAAGAAGCCAUCAAUGUAAAAAACAUCGCUGAGACCCACAUCAAGGGCUUCGUGCUGAACGAUGCUGCCAGCAGCCUCCUCAUCAUAACGCAAGUUAGGCGGGAUUAUUUGAAAGAUGCGAUAUCUACUCUCAAGGCACUCAUUGAAAGUGGCAAGGUGCCCAUUCCGGUGGCAAUUACUCGACUUGUUCAGGCUUUGGCUAAGAAGGGAGAUGUGGAGAGUAUAGCCACAGUUGAGAAGAUGAUGGCAGACCUCAGUGGCUCUCUUAAAUUGUCGCGUAUGCUUUACAUCAAUAACACAGCAUUGGCUCACAUCAAGAACAAUAACCCUGAUGUUGCUGUGGAAUACAUUGAGACCAUGUUUACCUCUGGAGCCCUGCUUGCUGACUCUCCAAGUACAAGCAUCUCGUUUGUAUAUAGAAAGUUGUUGGAAGACAAACUGGAGCCAGCUUUGGAAAAACUUAGUGCCAUGGCCGAACGGUUGGCCCAUCAGUUUGGAAUAUAUCGGCCUGCGACAGACCUUUUCCUUCAGUAUAUAAAUGCGGGAAGAGCAGACGAUGCCAAGCAUCUUCUAGAGAGAUGCGGUGCGAUAGGUGAACAAAAAAGGAUUCUGGUGGCUUUCCUUGCAAAGACAACCCAGCAAGCAGGACAGGUUCAGAAAAUCAAGACAUUGUUGGAACUAGUUCCUGACUUCACAGAUAGGAAGAUGGUUUGCUCUUACCUUAUGAAAUGCCAUGCAUUAGAUGAGGAUGUGGCUUCAGCAAAAGCUCUGUAUGAUGAAAUGAAAGCUGAGAAAUUGCACCCAGAUGAGCUAUUUCUGAAACGUUUGGCAGUUCUCCUUAAGAAUGCAGGAGAGCCUGUUCCGUUCACUGAACCUCCAGAGAGCUUCCAGUUCUACGCAGAAAAACUUAGGACAGAACGACAGGGACAUUCUUCAUCAGAUGAAGAUUAACCUUUUAAUGCUUCUGUUUCUGCUAGUAAUAUUGUGACUGUGAAAUACUGUUUUUAAAUGUAUUAUUGUCGGGGGGGGGGAAUAAAAUUGAAAGCCGGAUUCUUCACUGUAUAAUUGUAUAAAAUCAUCUGACAUUAAGCAGUUUCAUUUUUCCCCCCUGAAGCAAUUUUAUAUAGUUUGCUGGACCUGCUAAAAUGACUGUAAAAGAUUGUUGCUUCAUGCAGGGCCUUGUGUGAUCAGUGUACACAUUUGCCAUCGCGCCCUGCAUACCGACACAUACAGCCCCCAAAACAGUUCUAGGUAUGCGGUAUGGUGACCUGAAUUUUGCAGAAUAAAUUCAUGUGAAGUGUA